AUGGAGGCAUCGAAGUCAAUCGAUACUCUAGAGGCCUUAAUUGAUCAUGAUAUUGAACAGAACUGCGGAAAAAUCUCAAAUAGUAAUUCGAGAGACCUUAUGAGAGUGAAGCGUUCAAUAGACAUGCUCAAGGUAACAUUUGAGCAAAUUCUGAUCCAGAGGGGAAAUUCCAUAAUUGGUCCAUUUUCCAUGGCAUAUGAGCAGGUUUUUGCUCCAUACCAUGGCUGGACUCUUAAGACUGCUUUCUCUACUGCAUUAUAUACCCUUCCUUCACUGGCACAAUUCUUGAAGAAAGUAAAUGAAAGCGAGGCCUCAGCAAUGGUUCAGAUGCAAAACUAUGUAACGGCAUCGGCUCCUGUCAUACAAUAUAUUGAGAACUUAUUUCACUCAGGGGAAUCAGGUGACGUGCUGCUAGGAUUGGCAUAA